AUAUUUUACCCCUCAUGGCCUCAUUAUAGAGACGCGAAACCUCCUCUUCCUUAUCGUACUGGUCCAAAUCGUUCCCUUUCCUCCGCGUUUUUUGAUUUUUGGAUUCGAACGCACCCAUCAACUGUUCGAUGAAAUGCCAAAAAGAGCAAGACUCAAAUCUCCAACGCAUUUAGUGCUAUCGCAUUACUUCUUCUAACUUGUUCAAUUUAAUUUCCGUUGUUUCUUGUUUUGGGAUUAGGGUUUUGGUGUUUUCGAAUCUUUGAACGACCAUGACCCGGAAAAAGAAAUCUGCGAAGACUCUAGAGGCUUCGAGAGCAUCUCUAGAAAAGAAAAUUUCUACAGUAAGUGGCAUCGAUAGUUCCGAUUGCUAUGGAGGAGAUCGACUUGAUGAUCUUCUGCUGAAACUUAUGAGGAGUAUUGAAUCUGCAAAAGCUUCAAAAGGAGAAUUACCCGAAAAAAUUUGGAUUAAGCAACAAUUCGCAGUUGGCGUCAACGAUGUAACGCGUGUUCUUGAGAGAAUGCCUCAUUGUGAUUCAGCUACUCGUUGUAAUGAGGAGCCCGUCAAAACUGCCCUUCGAAGAGCUCCUUUGGUUCCACUGCAGGCGGUGAUUUUAGUUGGUGAUUGUAACCCAAAAUGGCUAACAAAGCAUAUUCCGAGCAUGGCAAUGUCCAGAAAGGUCCCUGUGAUUUUUGUCAAGGAUAACAAAAGGGGUUCUCUCAGGUUAGGGGAAUUGGUGAAGCUCAAAACAGCACUAGCCGUGGGAAUAAAGGCCAGAGGUACUGUAAUCAACAAGGCUAUAGAUGAAGUUCUCAGUUGUGGCAUUUGAUUAUCGACAAUUCUCUCGAACGAAUUAAUCGUUCUCACUAUUGCAGCUUUUUUUGACUGCUCAUAAACUUAAAAAGAAACACGACGAGUGCUCUGAGAAUUAUCUUUGUAUCAGCAACUUAGAAGUGUUGAGGAGUAUGCACAUGAAAUGAAAAGAAAGAGAAAAGUGAUCUGAGACCUAAUCUUUUUUCUCUCUUAACUGGUUUAGUGUUCACUUUUUGAAAUUAUAUGACUCGAUUGUUCAUGAUUCUUUCGAGAUAUGGAUUGUGGGUACAGUCAAAGUGCUUGUGUUUUGGCUCUUUUGGAGAUUAUAGUGGUAAACAUGCCUUUUCUUGGUGA